ACGUCAGUAGUACUGAGAUUGACUUUCGACAAUCAUUCACGCAGCCCUUAAAUCCUCCACGAGAAAUGCACGGAUAAAGUCUUCUGCUGUAAGACAUUUCAUAGGAAUGCUAAUGAUGAGGAUAACUUGUACAGCUUUUGUGCUCCUUAUCCAAACACUCCAAUGUUUGGCUUCAGAUGAUUCACCAUUUAAACUAACCAACAGGGCCACUGGAUUUUGUCUGGUUAAAACAAAUAAUGACUGCAAUGAAAUACGCUGGACAACUAGUGACCGACUUCUGGUUCAACAUAAGAAUAAGUGCCUGGGAGUCCAGGGGAAAAGUGUGGGAAGUGAAAUAAACCUCUACGACUGUGACGAAAAGAGUGAACUCCAAAAGUGGGAAUGCAAGAAUGGAACGCUGCUCGCUCUCAAAGGCCAAGAGCUCUACAUGGAGCUCACUGCAGAUAACACAGCCGUUCUCUCCAAAACAACAGGACCCAAUAACCACCUCACAAUCUCAGGGACAUCCAGUGGUGCUUGCACAAGAACAUACAGAGAAAUUUAUACCAUUGGUGGAAAUGCAGCUGGAAUGCUCUGCAUGUUUCCCUUCAUGUACCAGGACCGGUGGUUCUCAAACUGCACAAUGUUUGACUUCUCAGAAUUCUGGUGUGCAGUUGAAACAAAAUAUGAAAAUGAACGCUGGGGGCUCUGCCCAACUUCUUCCAGACAAAGCUGGCAUACACACCCAACAACAGGAGCACAGUACCAGCUCAACACACAGGCAGCUCUGACUUGGGCACAGGCUGAAACCAGCUGCAAAGAGCAGGGUGCCUCACUGCUCAGUAUCAACGAUCCUAACGAGCAGGCUUAUAUCACAGUACUACUAGGGUCAGAGGGAACUAAGCUUUGGAGUGGGCUGAUCCUGGAUCAGGAACAUGGCUGGAAAUGGUCCAAUGGGAAGCCUUACCGUUAUAUGAAAUGGGAUUCAGGACACCCAAUUGCGAAUCCGGGACACAACUGUGCAAUUCUUGAUCCUGCUGUUCAGUACUCCUGGCAGAGUUCACCCUGCACCAAGACACUGGGCUACAUCUGCUACAGUAAAGGGGCUGAGGAAACUCCUACACCAGCUGCUGAGACAGGAUUUUGUUCAAGACCUUGGAUUCCCUACAAUGGCCACUGCUUCCACCUUAAUCGCACUCAGAAAACAUGGCCUGAUGCUCAGAGAGCCUGCCGCAUGGAAGGAGGGGACCUAGUCAGCAUCCGCAAUGUGGAGGACCAAAGCUUUGUCAUCUCUCAACUUGGAUAUGCAUCCAUUGAUGAGCUUUGGAUUGGACUGAAUGACAGGAAGACAGAGGGGCUGUUUGACUGGAUUGACCACUCUACUGUCAGCUUCACUAGCUGGGAUUUUGGAAAACCUGCUGUCGGCACUGAUUUAAAGGAUUGUGUUCUGAUGAGUGGACAGAAUGGGAACUGGGCUGACCGUGCGUGCGAGGAGAGACAUGGUUUCAUUUGUAUGAAGAUGAGUGCUUCAACACCCACAGGAGAUGAAGUGGAGCAGGACGUAGGAUGCAAAACUGGGUGGAGGAGACAUGGCUCAUACUGCUACUUCUUAGGGAUGGAGGCAAAAACUUUUGAUGACGCUAAGGAAGACUGCAAGAGUUCAAAUUCCUAUUUAGCUGAUGUUUCAUCUGGGGUGGAUAAUGCAUUCCUUGUCAGCCUGGUGGGCAUGAGACCAGAGAAAAACUUCUGGAUCGGGCUCUCAAACCAGAGAAACAUUGAUCAGUUUGUGUGGACCAACACAGACAUGGUGAGGUUUACUCACUGGAAUGCUGAAAUGCCAGGUCACAGACAGGGCUGUGUUGCAAUGAAAACUGGGAUUUUUGCUGGCCUCUGGGAUGUGUUGCCCUGCACCAAUACGGAGAAAUACAUUUGUAAGCUCCUGGCAGAGGGGGCGGUUUUAACCCCUGCCCCACCCACUAUUCACCCUCCAAAGUGUGCAGACGGCUGGAAUCAACUGGGAUCAAGAAAGGACUGCUAUAAGUUGUAUAAGGAGACAUAUUCAAACAAGAGGACCUGGUAUGAGGCCAGAGAUUACUGCAAGGCCAUCGGAGGAGACCUGCUCAGCAUCCACAACAGAGCAGAGCUUGAAAUGCUACCAGAUCGCUAUGAAUCAGUUUGGAUUGGACUUAGUGCCCCUGACCCAGUCACUGGUUAUGUAUGGAGCGAUGGAUCCCCAGUGCAAUUCCAACACUGGGAGGAAGAUGAGCCAAACAACAAAAAUAAUGUAGAAUCUUGCGCUGAAUUGAAACUGAGUAAGGUGAGAAGGAGUGGGUCUUGGAAUGAUGUGCACUGUGAGACAUACCAUGGAUGGCUGUGCCAGAUCCGUGCAGGAGUGACUCCAAAUCCACCUCCAGACCCUGUCACCCCCGACUAUAAUACGACAUCAGAUGGGUGGACAGAAUGGAAUGGAGAUCAGUAUUAUUUUAACAGAAUGUCGAUGGCCAUGGAAGAUGCUCGUGCCUACUGCAAACAGAAUCAUGGUGACUUGGUGACUAUCAACAGUGAAGCUGAAAGUGUCUUUUUAUGGAAACAUGUGUCUAAAAAUCGUGGUUCUUCUGGAUCUUACUGGAUAGGUCUGAUUGUAGAUCUUGAUGGAACAUAUGCGUGGAUGGAUGGUUCUCCAGUGGUGUUUCAAAGGUGGGAUGAAAAACAACCUGAUUUCCUCAACAAUGAUGAGAAUUGUGCUGUCAUGACUACCUCUAUGGGGUUCUGGCAUGAUUAUAAUUGUGGUUUGGAGCAUCAGUCCAUCUGCAAACGCAGUGGCUCACCACCUGUAAAUGCCACUGUAGCACCAACAGUUCCUCCAAAAGGUGGCUGUCCACAAAACUGGAAAAAAAUUAACUCAAAGUGUUACAGCAUCACUACUAGCCCAGAGGCGACAUGGGAAGGAGCGAGGACACAAUGCAAAACAAUGGGAGGAAAUCUAGCCUCAAUUCUCUCCAGACAUGUGCAGGUGUUUUUGUCGAUUGAAAUGGCCAAGGCUCCUACUACAAACCUGUGGAUUGGUUUGCAUAAUAAGCGUGGAUAUACAUUUCGUUGGACAGAUGGGAGACCAAUGCGAUACACCAACUGGGGGAAUGACAACCACCGUGCAGUGAUAUAUGACGGCCCUUGGAGACAUCACCAUAUGCACAGAAUGUCGUUUUACCAUGAUGACCUGGAUUACUAUCAUCCAAUGAUGCAUUCAAUAAGUGAGGUGAAAGAAUGCGCUGUGAUGAUUUCUGAUCCUAGAAUUGGCAUUGGGAAAUGGAUCUCAAAGUCCUGCAAUGACACCAAUGGAUAUAUCUGUCUUCGAAAUCUUGACACAUCUCUCCCAGACUCCCCUGAACCAACAGGUACUAGUGGAUAUGUCCAAAUAUUUAACGACUCAAUUAAGGCCGUUACUCAGCAAAUGACCUGGGAUGCAGCCCUGAAGCACUGUCAAAGUGAUGGUGCCAACCUGGCUAGCGUGCGAAACGAGUGGUCACAGAUCUAUAUUGAGCUGAUGGCUAUGCAUCUUAACUCUUCUGUGUGGAUUGGACUGAACAAAGAGCGGACUAAUGGAUAUUUCAGAUAUGUUGAUGGCUGGCGUAUGACCUUAUCAAACUGGGGUAGAAGGGAACCGAACACAUACCAAGACUGUGUGUAUGUGGAUAUGGAUGGAAAAUGGAGGACUGCUGGCUGCAGCCAGAACAUGUCCACUAUUUGUAUGAAGUCAACAGAAGUACCACCUACAGAUUCAACUGAUUUCCCCGGAUUUUGCCCUGAUGACCCACACAAACACACACAUAUGCCAUCCAGAUACUUCACCCAACGUAACACCUGGCUACCAUUUAGGGCCUACUGUUACCUCUUUCUCACAGAGAAGAUUGAGUGGCCAGAUGCAUCUGCUAGCUGUGUAAGACAUGGUGGGAAUCUUGUCAGCAUUGAAGACCCCUCUGAGCAAGAAUUUAUUCUAAGCAACCUGAAAAUAUAUCAAGACAGCCACACCUCUUUCUGGAUUGGCUUGUAUAAAACUCACCAAGGCCUGUGGCGGUGGUUGGAUAAAACAGUCAUGGACUACAGUAACUGGGAUAGAAGUGUACCUGAUGAAGACAAUUAUGGAACCAUUAAAGUGUCUGAUGGGAGAUGGAGGGGAGGCAGACAGUGGCAUGACAGAGGAUAUAUCUGCAAAACACCCAAAGUAACACCACCUGUGCCACCAACAACAGCAAGUCGGAAGGAGGAUCCUCAAACCCGUGGCCACAUAAUUUUGGCAGUAGUGCUGGUCAUUACUGCAAUUGCCAUGGGGAUAUUCGUCAUUGGUUUUCUCUUCAAGAAGUCUGGUCAUCGUCUAACUAUCCCUGAAAAGUUAACCACCUUUGACAACCCACUCUUCUUCAACAACGAGCGGUCGCAGCCUGACCUGGUGGAUACCAAUAAACUGGUAGCAAAUGCAGAGGAAGAGCACCCUGAGCCUAUUGUAACUGUGUAAAUACCAGCAGAGUGUUAAAGGUGUUCUCAACUGCAGGACCAGUAACUUUGUUUUCUGUUUUGAACUGAGAGACGUUUCAUUGCAGUUGGCAGUAACUGACUUUAAUGAACAAAAUGAUUUAAGCUCUAAGAUGCCUGUUAGGUCAUACCAAUCUCUAUUUGUGAUCAUUUGCAAGUAUGUUUAAUUACGUAUUUUAUGACAACUAAGAAUGUACUGAUGUACAUGAUACUAAAUACAGGGCGUCAUUUUAAUCCGUUCUUUAUUUUACUUUUAAGCUCUCUAUGUGCUGGGAAUGUGCUGUGGAUUUUUGCAUUUGCUACAGAUUUCUCACUGUGUAAAUCUGCUUAAAUGUCUAAUCAACUUUAAACAAAGCAAUGUCCUCUUACUGAACCAUAUUACAACUGAAGACAGACAGAUGAAGAUAUGUUGUGUGUCACUACUGCAUUUCAUCAUCCUUCAAGGUAUUUAAAUGAUAUUUUAUCUGUCUAGAAUGCCUCAUGACUCCCAAGAUAUGCCCUGCUGAAUAAAAUCAACUGAGCUAAAUGCUGUUGUAAAUAACAAACCAUGAAAAUCUGUAUUAAAUCUUAUAUUCAACUUGUCCCUAAA